UCUUCCAAUGGCAAGGUGCUUUAAUUUGACAGCAUCGGGAAACUGGUGUCUCGCGUUCGUUUUCCGAAGUUCCGGCCUCCGCUCGACGGUCACCGACCUCGGCGACGGCACAAUCAUGCACUGCUGGGUCCCCAAGACCCGUAAACCCACCAAACCUAACUUGGUCCUCAUCCACGGAUUCGGAGCCAACGCAAUGUGGCAAUGGAGCGAAACAAUCCGAGUCCUGAUCUCCCACUUCAACAUCUACGUUCCGGACUUGAUCUUCUUUGGUGACUCGUUCACGACUCGACCGGAGAGGUCGGAAUCGUUCCAGGCUCAGUGUGUAAUGCGAGUCAUGGAUGUUAACUCAGUGGACAAAAUGACUGUGGUGGGGUUGAGCUACGGUGGGUUUGUGGCGUACAGUAUGGCGGCGCAGUUCGAAGAGAGGAUAGAGAGGGUGGUGAUAUGUUGCGCCGGGGUAUGUUUGGAGGAGAAAGAUUUGACGGAGGGGUUGUUUCCGGUGGGGGAGGUGGAGGCGGCGGCGGACAUUUUGGUGCCGCAGACAGCGGAGAAAAUGAGGGAAUUGAUGCGUUUUACUUUUGUAAAGCCACCCAAGAGAUUGCCGACUUUCUUCCUCAAUGACUUCAUUCAGGAAAUGUGUACACAAUACGUAGAGGAGAAGAAAGAGUUGAUUAGAGCCAUCCCAAAAGACAGGAAACUCUCGGACCUUACCAAGAUUACUCAGCCGACCUUAAUAGUCUGGGGAGAUCAAGACAAAAUAUUCCCAUUAGAACUCGGUCAUAGAUUAAAAAGGCAUUUGGGAGAGAAAGCUCAGCUAGUAAUCAUCAAGAACACAGGCCAUGCUUUCAUUUAUGAGAAACCCAGACUGUGCCACAAACACUUGAAAUCCUUCCUCAUUGUUUCGGCGGCCCCUCCUCCUCCUACAAGCCCUCUUCCUAAUUUGCAGAAUGGCAAAUGAAUUACCAGCUGCAGAAUCAUUGGUGGAUCGAAUAUUUAACUUGGGUUUUCUUUCUUCAGAACCAAAGGGAGAAAGGUAGAUAUCAAACCCAGAAAUUGUUGUCUCUAGUUUUUUGUAACCUUUCAAAUACAGUUCAAUCACCAAGUAUUACCCAAAGAUUGCUUUUCAAGCUCUCACCAUAUUUAAGAUACAUUCUACUAAACCCCCCACACACAUUUAAUGAUUACAUAAUAUAUACAAACGAUUUAGAAUCCGC